AAGGCUUAAGCAAUGUGGACAAGGAUAGACGGACAGAAUUUAAAGUGAAGCUCCUAUUCCGCCCUCUUCCCUCUCACUGCUCCUUCACUCCAUUCCACUAUAUUGGAAUCAAACUCAUCAAAAUCUCUACUCCCAACUCCCAAGCCUAUUUAAGGAAGUCCUAUUCAGCCCAAAUACCACCAAAGCUCUCUUAACUCAUCUAGUUCCUUUAGUUUUAGUCUGAAGCCAAGCAUUCUUUAAUGGCAGGUAUUGCAUCUGGAAUCUGCUACCUUGCUGUUGGCUCAGGUGAUGGCCGUCGGCGCCAAACAACACAAGCUCUUUCAUGUCCCAACAACUGCAGUAACAGUAACACAAGUAGUACUUCUGAAGAGUUGGCAUAUUAUUCAAAUGCUGGGAAGCAAAAUGUGAAGGGUCUUACUAACCAGACUGGAUACGUCAAGGGAAACGCUAAUGGGCUCAUCAACUUUGGCAACUUCUCUGCUUCCCCUGGUGCCCACCAGUGAUGACAACCAUGAAUAUAUGAAGCAAUUAAGAAUCUAUGGGUGGAAGCAUCUCAAUAAUUAAAUUAAAUAACUUCUGUUAUUGCCUAUGCUAUGUAUCAUUCUGAUAUGUUAGACAGAACUUCUCCUUAUGUAAAUUAAAAUGGAAUAAUAAACAGAACUUUCGUUUUAGAACA